AUGUCUCCAUCGCCUCAACACGAAGAAUAUCAAUAUCUCAACCUUGUUAAGCACAUAAUUGAUCACGGUCAACGUCGCGAUGAUCGUACCGGCACUGGAACAAUAUCUGUUUUCGCGCCACCACAACUACGAUUUUCUUUACGAGAUAAUGUUUUUCCACUCUUAACUACCAAACGUGUCUUCGUGCGAGCAGUUAUCGAAGAAUUACUAUGGUUUAUUAGAGGUGAUACCAAUUCGAACCACUUAACUGAAAAGGGUAUUCAUAUUUGGGAUGAUAACGGUUCACGUGAAUACCUGGAUAGAGUUGGAUUGUCUCAUAGGAAAUCUGGAGAUCUGGGCCCCGUUUAUGGAUUCCAAUGGCGUCACUUUGGUGCAAAGUACGUUGAUUGUGAUGCAGAUUAUACUGGUCAAGGUGUUGAUCAGCUUCAAGAAGUCAUUAAUAAAAUUAAGAACCAACCAAAUGAUAGACGCAUUAUUUUAAGCGCUUGGAAUCCUGCUGACUUAAAGGAAAUGGCAUUGCCUCCAUGUCACAUGUUUUGUCAGUUUUAUGUGUCAAACCCGGAUCCUAAAACGCAUACGCGAAGCCUUUCAAGUAUUCUCUAUCAACGUUCUUGUGACAUGGGUCUCGGAGUUCCUUUCAAUAUUGCAAGUUAUGCACUUUUGACAAGAAUGAUAGCUCAUGUUACAGGCCUUUUACCGGGUGAAUUUAUUCACACUAUGGGUGAUGCACAUAUCUAUUUUGAUCACAUAGACGCGUUAAAGGUGCAACUUGAGCGAGAACCAAGAGCAUUUCCUCAGUUAGAAAUUAAACGUAAAAUAACAGAUAUUAAUGACUUCAGGUUAGAAGAUUUUGAGAUAAUUGGAUAUCAACCAUACGGGAAAAUAAAAAUGAAUAUGUCUGCUUAA